AUGUGCAUAGGAAACUGUGCCCACUGCAUGAGGGAUCUGAUGGUCUGCAUCAUAGCCAACACACUCCUGCUGGUGCCUAAUGGCAAGAGUGAGUGGACCAACCACCUCAGCUUGCACAUCUGCUUCAUGGCAGGCUUCACUGGCAGGAGCUUGGUGGUGACAAAGCUGGCGAGGGAGAUGGGCCAAGGGCGGAUUACUUGCUCAACCGUACUCUAUUGGAGUCUGUGCAAGAAUCAGUCUCAAUGCAACGUGAUGCUCUUCUCCCUGCUGGUGGCUGCCUCAGGCUUAGAGAUGGUGCUGUACGGGGUGCAGCUGGUGAACGUAGCUAUUGGUGUCUUCUGUGGCAAUUGCAGGAAGAACAGGGGGCAGUGUGGGGGAGGGUGGUAG